AUGGAAACAGUCACUUUCACCUGCACCGCUGCUGGAGAUUCUUUGAGAUGGGUACCAUCAGAUGUUUCUCUCAUCACUAUUCGCUCUACCUCUGGUCUCAAUGUACCCAAUGUUGUAUCAGGUUACACUGUGACACUGGUUGCAUUCAACGAUACUACAUUAACAUCUACUCUGUCAAGAACAGCUGAGAAUGGGAUCACUGUGUCCUGUGUGGGGUUUGUGCCUACUUUAAAUACUAUAGGAUCUUCAACGAUCCGAUUGGUUGAUUCACCAGGACCACCUUCCACCAUCAGAUACUCCAUUCUGAGUAGCUCAGCAGAUGAAGACAGUGUAUCUGUGCAGUGGGACCCUCCUACUGAGACUGGUGCUAGAUCCUUCUCAGGUAACUGUCCUGUGUUGACCGACCCCACGAAUGGAGCCUUUGGACCAUGGCCAGUGUCUAGCAGAUUAUCAGGAUCCACAGUAACCAUCCAGUGUGACGCUGGGUAUGUAUCUGCUGUUACGACGGUAACAUGUGAGGAUACACUGAUGUGGAGUCCUGACCCUGAGGCUAUUGAGUGUACAUCACUAACCACACCUACUCCCACAACUCCCCCUCCAAUGAACUACACAGCUCCACUACUCUCACCACGAAAUGGCACCAUCAGUGAUCAUUCAAUUCCCGGUACACAAGUGACCUUCCAGUGUGAUGAUGAACUGUUCCCUGAGGGGAUAAUGACUGCUACCUGUCUAGCUACAGGAAAGUGGGACAAAAAUCCAGAGGAGAUCGUCUGCAGAGCUGCUCCUUGUAAUUGUGCCAGCCUAUCUGAUGGGAGUCGAUUUGAUGAAGCUGUCUCCAUCAGUGUGGUUGUCACGGCAGUUCUAUUCACAAUCAUUGGAUUGUUGAUGGGACUCUUGAUCAUGUUUUUGCUCAUACGUAAGAAGGCAGUGUACUCCCCAGCAGCUAAAGAGCAAGCUAACGUAGGACCCACUGUACCAGCUUGUCCUGUUUAUGAAGAAGUGUCACGCAAAGAGGAGAUGGAACUGAACACUAACCAAGCGUAUGGACCAUUAGGACUGUAA